AUGGCAGAAGGAGCAAAGGUGUUCAAGAAGACCAGCCCCAACACCAAGCUAUCCAUCUACCUGGGGAAGAGAGACUUUGUGGAUCACGUGGACAAGGUGGACUCCGUAGAUGGAGUCUGCCUGAUUGACCCAGAGUACCUAAAGGACAGAAAAGUGUACGUGACGCUGACCUGCGCGUUUCGCUACGGCCGAGAUGACCUCGAUGUGAUUGGGUUGACCUUCAGGAAGGACAUCUAUGUCCUGACCACGCAGAUCUUCCCACCGGUGCCAGACCAGGCACCCAAAACCCUCACUCCUUUGCAGGAGAAGCUGAUGAAGAAGCUCGGGGAGAAUGCCUACCCCUUCACCUUCGAGAUUGCUACCAACCUGCCCUGCUCAGUCACCCUCCAGCCGGGACCAGAUGAUGUGGGAAAGGCCUGCGGCGUGGACUUCGAGGUCAAAGGAUUUUGUGCUGAAAAUCUGGAGGAGAAAAUUCACAAAAGGAACUCAGUGCGCCUCAUCAUCCGCAAGAUCCAGUUUGCACCCAUGAAGACAGGGCCAGCCCCAAAGUCAGAGACCACCCGGCAGUUCAUGAUGUCCGACAAGCCCCUGCACCUUGAAGCCUCCCUGGAUAAGGAGAUUUACUACCACGGAGACCCCAUCAAUGUGACCGUCAACAUCAACAACACCACCAACAAGAUUGUGAAAAAAAUUAAGAUUUCAGUUGAUCAGAUCACAGAUGUGGUCCUCUAUUCGCUGGAUAAAUACGCAAAGACUGUGUGCACUGAGGAGAUAAAUGAGAACGUGGCGGCCAACUCUACCUUCUCCAAAACGUACUCCGUCACCCCCACGCUCUCGGCCAACCGUGAGAAGCGAGGCCUCGCUCUCGAUGGCAAGCUCAAGCACGAGGACACCAAUCUGGCCUCCACCACCAUCCUGAGACCCGGCAUGGACAAGGAGGUGCUGGGCAUCCUGGUGUCCUACAAAGUGAAGGUCAACCUGGUGGUGUCCCGAGGAGGCAUCCUGGGGGAUCUCACUUCCAGUGACGUUGGUGUCGAGCUGCCUGUCAUCCUGAUGCACCCGAAGCCUGCGGAUGAUAAGCCAAGGUAAAGCGAUGAGGACAUCGUCAUCGAGGAAUUUGCUCGCCAAAAACUCAAGGGGGAGAAAGACGAUGAAGACGAGAAGGAGGAGGCUGACAAAGAGGAAAGCUAG